AUGCCGAAUCAACAAAGCUCUGCCGAAACAACCUUCAACAUCCCAGAACUGCUGAUGAGCAUUUGUGAAUUGGUGGAUGACCGUACACUUUUGAGCUUGCCACGUGUAAAUCGGUCAUUCAAAGCUGCCUGCGGACAAGGCAGGCUUCUUCGACGCUUGAAUGCACACAGGAGGAUACUAAGGGGAGACAUUGGGACGCCAUCCAGAUUCAAUCCUCCAGAUAAUUGCACAUUCUGCGAGGGUCCAUAUGGGAAACAUGUCGUCUUCCAGUAUGAUGAAAAUUUCAUGUCAGUCUGUGGCCCUGUUACAGGCCACGACAGAGUGCCGCGUCUUAUGUAUCCGGUCCUCUUUGGUGGCGGAGAGCUAUGUUUUGGGUACGAACUUACUGGGGUGUCAGGUCCGAAACUUGUCGUUCGGUGUGUUUCGCACUGGCGGUUGGUCGCGGAAAGAUCGUUUAAUGGGGAAGUUUUUGCUAUGAAUAGCGCAGAGGAGUGGUGCAUCUUUCACAGAGACAGUGAUUUGCUUAUUCAGUUCACUCGUCAGCAUGGAGAGAUAUCCCAUAUGGAACAGUUCCCUCAGGCGCCCUCUUCACAAGCUAUUGCAUCCAACAGCAAACCAAAUAUCAGCGCUUCCCAAGCGUGGCGGCGUUGCCGCACUAAGUGCGACUGA